UUCGCGCCUACGUCUUAGCAAAAAAAGGUAGUGACGGAAUAAGAAGCUUGCUAACGACUGUGACUAUUUACAGUAAAUAUGUACAGAUUCAGUGAACUGCCCAGUCGUUAUUUCCAUGCUCUCAAUACGACUUUUUGUCCGGUUACUUUAUGAAUUUAAUUUGGAAGGGCAUGACACACAUCCAUCUUUUUAUUUAAAACAGGCAAGUCGGAUACCCAGAAUUCCAAGUUGCCAUGGCGCCACAUCCAGUGGUCCAGGCCAUCAUUGACCUGUCUGCUGGAGCCCUAGGGGGCACGGCCUGUGUGUUCAGUGGCCAGCCCUUUGACACAGCCAAAGUGAAGAUGCAGACCUUCCCCACCAUGUACCGGGGCUUCCUGCACUGCUUUGUGUCCAUCUACCGGCAGGUGGGCCUGCGAGGCCUGUACCAGGGCACCACGCCGGCACUGCUCGCCAACAUCGCUGAGAACUCGGUGCUCUUCAUGAGUUACGGCUUCUGCCAGAGCGUGGUGGGCCGGGUGUGUGGGCUGGGUGGAGAGGCCGCACUCAGCGAUGUGCAGAAAGCCUGUGCAGGAUCUCUGGCCUCCAUCUUCUCCUCCAUGGUGCUCUGCCCCACAGAGCUGGUGAAGUGUCGGCUCCAGGCCAUGCACGAGAUGGAGGCCACCGGCAAGGUCGCCAAGGGGCAGAACACCAUGUGGUCUGUCGUUAGGACGGUGAUCCGGAACAAUGGUCCUCUGGGAUUCUACCAGGGUCUGACCACCACCAUCGUUCGGGAGGUGCCCGGGUAUUUCUGCUUUUUCGGGGGUUACGAGCUGAGCCGGACCACCUUCGCCAGAUCCAUGGGGAGAGACAAAGAGGACAUUGGGGUGGUCCCGAUCAUGUUCAGCGGGGGGUUUGGGGGUGCCUGCCUGUGGCUGGUGGUGUAUCCCAUAGACUGCGUGAAGUCCAGAAUCCAGGUCCAUUCCCUGACUGGACGGCAGCAGGGCUUCCUCAAAACGUUCAUGGGCAUCGUUCGCACUGAAGGAUUCGCUGCUCUGUACUCCGGCCUCACCCCCACCAUGAUCCGCACCUUUCCCGCCAACGGAGCGCUCUUCCUCGCCUACGAGCUGAGCCGCAAGCUGAUGAUGCAGCAGUUCGACAGCUGAGCCAGUCCUCUUCAACAUCAUCAUCAUCAUCAACAUCAACAUCACCAUUAUCAACAUCAUCAACAUCAUCAUCAUCAUUAACAUCAUCAUCAUCAACAUCAUCAACAUCAUCAUCAUCAUCAUCAUCAUCAUCAUCAUUAACAUCAUCAUCAUCAUCUCAUCAUCAACAUUAACAUCAUCAUCAUCUCAACAUCAUUAUCAUCAUCAACAUCCUCAACAUCAUCAUCAUCAUCAUCAACAUCAUCAUCAACAUCAUCAUCAUCAUCAUCAUCAUCUUCAACAUCACCAUCGCUCCAGCAGUCUUUUACCCAAGUCACCACCUACCCUACCAUUUACCCAGUCUGUUCUAACUAAACCAGCCUACAUGACCUUGGGGACCAGGGUUCAUUUUAAUGAAUUUAUUUUUUUAGAUAAUUGUGAUUAAUACAAUACACUGUGAAGCCUACAGAGCUAUGUCAUGGGCAUGGUGUAUCAUCUGUUAUGACCAGCAAAAAUAUUAUAGCUCCUGCAUUUGUUUCAUAGUUUUUCAAAGUACAUUUUGAAGCAAAGCUUUGCUGCAUACAUUUUGACAAUGGUAGAACAUUGCAACAUUCUUGUAGCAAGCCUGUUAUAACCUCAGAACUGGUCAUGAGUUAUGCAAUUAUGCAUGCUGUGUUAGAGUAAGUAGCGCUGUGUAGACUUCAAUACAAAUACAUUCCAAGUAAAAGCAAUUUUAUAAGCACACACACUCCAAUCCUCAAAGUGUUCAUAUUUAUUUUAAGUCGGAGUAUUGUUUCGGUUUUGAUGAUGUUAGAAUAUAAAUCAGUAUAAUAAUUCUAAUGAGAAAGGGGAAAUGGGCUGCAAGUUGCUGGGACCUUCAAAAUUGUGCAACUUGAGCCACUCAGCAGUAAUCCAGAUUAAAAAGUCCCAUAAACUAUGUGUAUCUAUCUGUAUGUUCAAAGCAAUGCAGUAUUUAUACCACAGUGGAUGUGAUGGUCAAAUUUAUGGAAAUAAUGUUUGUUUUGCCGAAUUUAAAUUCUGUCGGGAAAAAUUCUACUUGUUCAUUUAUAUUCAGGGAAUUAUAUGAGAAGUUACUUUAAUAAAUAAUAUUUAUAAAGGUGUAAAAACUACAAAGUAUUUUUGUACAUCUGUAAAGGCUUGACCAUAUGCACUCACUGAGCACUUUAUUAGGUAUUUAUUGACUUGUGUGCUUAUUUGCGUUACUGUCACCUUCCUGUCAGCUUUGACCAGUCUGGCCAUUCACCUCUGACCUCUCUCAUUAACAACACAUUUCUGUCUGCAGAAGUGUGCUGCUCACUGGAUUUUUUUGUUUUUUGCACCAUUCUCUGCAAACUGAGAAUCAGCGUGAGAUCAGCAGUCAAUCAUUCCUCGGUCAAAGUCACUUUGAUCACAUUUCUUCCCCUUUCUGAUGGUUGAUGUGAACACUAACUGAAGCUCCUGACCCAUAUAACGAUUGGCUGAUUAGAUAAUCACAUGAAUAAAUAGGCGUACAAGUGUUCAUAAUAAAGUACUCAGUGUACAUUCAAUAAUA